CCUGCUAACACGACUGGGCUUCUCUGUCCAUCCCGUCCCUGGGUCCCACCCGACUUGACAGAUGUCGAUGGCCUCAGGGGUAACUCAGGGGUCAGGUCAGAGGGGACCCAUUUUCACACUGCAGAAAAUAUCACUCAAGGGGGAGGAUGUCAGCAGGGAGGAGUUGAGCUGGGUCCCUGCAUGAGGGUGAAUUGGUGAGUCUUUCACUCCUCUGGUCCCAGGUCCCAGGAGUGGAUGUGGGUGGUGGGUGGCUGAUCCCAAGGGCAGACUGGGCCCUGACAGUGGCCAAUCCAAAGCUCCUCCCACAAAGAGGCACCACUCUUCCUGUGGGGCCUCCUAAAGGUCUCACAGCUCCGGGUUCCUCAGAAGAGAGGCGCUAAAUAGACUCCACUGGGCGGGACCGCAGCUCCAGCUGGACAUGCUGCCGCUGCUGCUGCUGCUGCUGCCACUGCUGCUGCUGCUCUGGGCGCAGGACGGGGCGAGCAUAGGGCGUUACUCCCUGAAGGUGCGGAGCUCGGUGACGGUGCAGGAGGGCCUGUGUGUCCAUGUGCCCUGUGAGGUCAGCUACCCCGAUGAAGAUGGGACUGAGUGGGAUCCGGCUUAUGGCUACUGGUUCCGGAGAAAGGAUGUGCCUACAAGCCAAAGUGCUCCAGUGGCCACAAAUGAUCCAGAUCGACAGGUGCAGAAGGAAGCCAAAGGCCGAUUCCACCUCACUGGAGACCCCGGGGCCAACAACUGCUCCCUGGACAUCAGAGAUGCCAGGAAGAAGGAUAAGGGGUCAUUUGUCUUUCGGCUGGAGAAAGGAAAGACACGAUAUACUUACACACCCUCACCCCGCGGCCCCAGGACCACGGCACCAACCUCACCUGUCAGGUGACUCUGCCCGCGGUCAGUGUGACCAAGAGGACGACUGUGCAUCUCAACCUUUCCUACUCUCUACAAAACCUGACAGUGACUGUCAUCACCCAGGAAGCCAGCUCAGCGCCCACAGCCCUGGAGAACGGCUCCUCCCUUCCUGUCGUGGAGGGCCAAGCUCUGCGCCUGCUCUGUGCGGUCGACAGCCACCCGCCUGCCAAGCUGACUUGGUCCUGGGGAAACCUGGUUCUGUGCCCCUCCCAGCCGGCGAACCCUGGGGUGCUGGAGCUGACUCCAGAGCACCUCAGGGGCGAAGGAGAAUUCACCUGCCGAGCACAGAACCCUCUGGGCUCCCAGCACAUCUCGCUGAGCCUGUCUCUGCAGAGGCAGCCAGGACCCGUGGCAGAGGUGCUGCUGCUGGCCAUCAUGGAGGUGGUUGUCAAGGUCCUGCUUCUCGGGCUCUGCCUCAUCUUGCUCAGAGUGAAGUCUCAGAAGAGGAAGGCACCCAAGGAGGAAGGCAUCCUUUGUGCAGCAGAGAUGCACACUGUCCUACGUCAGCCUCUCAGGAUCCCUCGCUCAUAUUCUAGGACCCCAGCUGACAGUGCCACAGUCAGUGGCGGUGCAGGAGGGACGGUGCAUCUUCAUCCCCUGCCGUGUCUCCUACCCUGAGAGAGGCUGGAGCAACUCUACCCCAGCUUGGGGCUACUGGUUCAAGAAAGGGGCUGAGAGUUCUCAGGAUCCUCCAGUGGCCACAAAUGA